UCUCUCUCUCUCUCUCUCUCGAUUUUCGCUUAAUGUUACAACUUCAUCUUCUGCAGAGGCGCUAAUUUCGAUCCUUCCGAAGAAUACUGCACUGCACCGAAAAUGCACGGACGGCCGCGCAAGCCUCAGAAACCGGAGGAAGAAGAGGCUUCGGCGGCGGAAGCCGCCAAGCUUCGUCCUCUGCAAUCUCAAUUGCUCGAAAAUCACCACCAAAAGAACUAUGAUAAGGAAGCCCUAGAGGUUAGUGCUAAGGUGCUGGAAAUGAAUCCGGAUCUGUAUACGGCUUGGAACUAUAGGAAACUUGCGGUCGAACACUACCUGAAGGAAUCUCCAUCAGAUACCGAGUCGAUCAAAGCGAUCCUCGAUGAGGAACUCAGAGUAGCUGAAAGUGCACUGCGUCAGAACGUCAAGUCCUACGGCGCGUGGUAUCAUCGAAAAUGGAUCUUGAGCCAGGGGCAUUCAUCCACCGAUCUUGAGUUGCGUCUUCUUGGAAAAUUUCAAAAGCUCGACGCUAGGAAUUUUCACGCAUGGAACUACAGAAGAUUUGUGGCAGAGUUAACGAACAUAUCCGAGGAAAAAGAGUUGAAGUAUACAACAGAUAUGAUAGACACAAAUUUCAGCAAUUAUUCAGCAUGGCAUAAUCGCAGUGCGCUUCUUGCUAAACUGCUGAACAAAAAGGCUGAAAGUUAUUUCCCAGCGGAAAAGGUGUUAAAUGAGGAGUAUGAGCUCGUGCACCAAGCUAUUUUCACUGAUCCAGAUGAUCAAAGUGGUUGGUUUUAUCAUCUUUGGCUUCUGGACCAAACGAUAAAAUCAAAUGCUCCAAGUCUUGUUUCCUCUUGGCCACCUCAUGGUUACAGAGUGGCGUUAUCAAGAAAUAGAAGUCUGGAUGAUCAAACCCUAUCUCCAUCUAGAAGCUUCCAUUCUGAUUCAGAAACGUUGGCUCUCAUUCUUUACUUCGAUCAGCCUGUUCAAGGUGUCGACUCAUCUUCAGUGAGUGUUAAAUCUACAGCUCAUUUAAGAGGAGAUCUUAUUUGGAAACCACUCUCAAAAUGUAGCCAUGAUGCUGCCAAAGCUUGGGUUAGUCAUCUUAGUUUUCCUCAAGGAGAGAUGAAUUCUUCUGAAUCUUACUCUGUGGAAGUCAGUCUUGGAAAUUCUCAGAAAAUAACAUCAGCAAGUGGUUUUCAUCAUGUGAAACCAACUUGUUUUUCUUUUGGAGUGUCUGUGCAUUUAGGAGAAACACCUAUUGAAGAAUGUGGUAAUGAAGGGAUCUGGUGGAAGGAUGAAAACUUUACUAGUUGCGGCAUUAGUCCUCAAACUUUACCAUUUGCUUCUUCCGAUAAUCUAACCAUUGAGAAUAAUUAUGCACCUUCUAGUUCUGAAUGGUGUGCUGAGAUUAUAAGCAAUGAAAUAGCUCUUUUCCGAGAAUUAUUGUCCGAGACUGAAUGUAAAAUUGGUAAGCUCACUCUUGCAAGAUUUCUGAUGGCUCAUGUUGCAACAUCUCCACAUGCCAAUAAAGUGGCCCAACUUGAGGAAGUGCUUGAACUUUACCUGGACCUGAUGAAGUUGGACCCAACACAUUUUCAUUACUACAAGGAUGAACACAGCUCAGUUUUAUUGCAGAAGGUGACAUCGACUACGGAGUCUUUGUUUAGACACUGCUAUUGCUACAAAGACCAGACCUCACCGUAUUUAGGCACUACUACCUGUGUAAGGCUCAAUAAUUUAUCAAUUUCACGGAUUGGAUCUGUUGAAAAAUUACUAUGGGUUCAAGUGCUGGACCUCAGCCAUAACGAACUCCGUUCAACUGAAGGAUUGGAGGCCUUGCAGCUUCUCUCUUGCUUGAGUUUGAGCAACAAUAAAAUCGGUAGUUUUACCGCAUUGGAGUCUCUAAGAACGUUGAAGUCCUUGAAAGUUUUGGAUGUCUCGUGCAACGAGAUUGGUUCGCAUUCGAUCGACACCACAAGAUAUCUCUUCUCAUCUCCCCUGUCUCAUUCCGAAGAAAAAGAAAAUGAUCUGAGCAGUGAUAAAAUGGUCACUGAUAGCCCCGACCUGGCAAGUUACUGGGAAGCUUAUUUUCUAUUCAAAGAUCUGAACUUGACUCAAUUAGAUAUUGAAGGAAACAUGAUAUCUAGUGAGAGGUUUCAGGCAUUUCUGGUUAAGGUUCUUCCCAAACUCCACUGGCUUGAUGGCAAACAAGUACAAUAGAUGAAUUUAGUUUAUCUGCAUCCGAUUCUCUCCGCUUUGAUAGUUCAUCUUCCGAAUGUAUAAACGUCUGCUACGAACUAUCCUUGAUCCUCAAGGUACCAACCAUGGGCAAAGCAUCAUUUUCUUUCCAACACAACCAAGGAUCCGCCAUUACAUCCAGCAAGCAUUCAAAUUAUUCAUUACAUCCAACAAGCACUCAAAUUAUUGUAUGAUUCUGGCGACCGUUCAACGAUUUGGAUUUGAAUUUACCGACGGCUGACACAUCUCCGAGAGCUCGAAACAUGGAAAUGAAUUUGGUACUCACUAUUUUAAAUUUUGUUUCAAACUCCAUUAUCAUCCUUGUUUCACUUGCUCAUUUAUACAUCAUGGUGUGGCAGUGUGUCAAAUGGCUGUGCUCUACUUUAAGUCACACCAUACAAAUUUCUUCAUCAUGUAUUUGGAGAACCGUUCUAUUCCUUGUUAUGCCAAAAUUUUGAAGAAUCCUAAUUCAAUAAUAUAUAAUAUGUUGAGAUA